AUGAUCCCCCUCACGACGCUUAAGGAGCAAUCCUCUGGAUUCCUCGUCAAAGACAGCUGUGUUUUCGGUGUCCAGUUCAUCAAAAUUGUCGCUGUUAAAGGUAACGAUGCGUUGGAGACGCUGUUUGUUCAGAAGACUAGCAACAUCAGCAGCAAUGGCCCACAAGCCUACACCUGGAACAUUGAUGAUUUCUUUGUGUUGAAGAACCCGAGCACCUCUCCAGAGUUUCAGCUCUGA